UAUUUGAAAUUCAACAGUUGUUUAUUUUCACAAAUUUUUCAUUUGUUGAUGAACUAAUGUUUCAGAAGGAAAAAAUUUAAACAAAUAAAUUAAAACUUGGUGUAUUUAAAAUUGCGCGGUGGAAAUGAAAGAAAAUUCACGGACCAACAUUGUAGGCGAUAAAGUUAUUCUUGUACCAUACCUGAAGAAACAUGUCCCCAAAUAUCACGUGUGGAUGGAAUCUCCAGAACUCCAGAAGCUGACUGCCUCCGAGCCAUUGUCAUUGGAGGAGGAGUUUGGAAUGCAGGAGAGCUGGGCUACCGACCAAGAUAAAUGUACUUUUAUAAUAUUGGACAAAGAUGUUCUGGAAGAUACCAACAAUGACAUUGAGGCCAUGAUCGGUGACACUAAUUUGUUCCUGCUGAACAAGGACUCGAAGGAGAAAGUUGCUGAAGCAGAGAUAAUGAUAGCUGAGCCAGCAGCUAGAGGGAAACACUGUGGCUGGGAGGCAAUGCUCCUAAUGCUGAGAUAUGGUGCUGAAACACUUAGGAUACAAAAGUUUGUGGCAAAAAUUGGCUCAGACAACACUCGUAGUAUUUCCAUGUUCACUAAAAUGAGGUUUAACCAGGUUAGCUAUAGCAAUGUGUUCAAAGAAGUUACCCUUGAGAAGGAAGUGGACUGCGAGUGGUCUGACUGGCUGCAGCGAGAAACACGCAACUCUGUCACAAAAGUCAUAGAACCAGACUUCUGAUGAUGCAUCAAUGAUGCAUGACAUUUGCUGCUGGUGAAGAUGUGGACACCAAAAGUCAUUGCUGAAAAAGCAGGAGUAGCAGAAGAGUAGUCUGCAUAUUAACGAGAACAAGACUGUCUAGUGUAUUUUCUGCCCAUGUCUAAAACAAUUUAUAAACAAAUUUAUUAAUUGUAUGUACAGUAGAAUCCCGCCGAUGUGACCCCCCUCUGAUGCGUCCAUUCCGUUUAUACGACCGUUUUUUGAGGAACCGUGAAAAAUUUAAGCAGAGAAAGUCGAAAAUUUGAGUAAAAUCGGCUGAAAAACAAGUCUGUUACACUUUGUCGGGCGCUGUGUGUUCACGUUUAUCUUGGCGAGCGCUGUACUGUAAGCAGGCAGACAAAAGACGGCUAAAAAUAGAUACCACCCCUCUAGACUAUCCACGCUAGCCAAUACCGGUAAACUGCGUGCAUCACCUGAUAGCAUCUACGCGCGCGUCUAUUGCCGUCCCAGUCCCGGUCCCGUUUGACGAUUGUGACUCGUUUUUCAAUUUACACGGACUCGUAGAUUCGUGAAAAUGAGUAUAAAGCGAGCCAGUUUGUCGCUAAUGAAAAAUUGAGGAUAUCCAGCAAGUGGAUAAGAAGACAAUUUCCAAGACGAAGAUAGCACAGAAAUAUGGCAUUCCGAAGUCUACUCUCUUCACGAUUCUUAAAAAGAGAGAAGAAAUUAUAAAUGCAGUACAGAAGGAAGGCAGCAAUUUGAAAUUGAAAAAUUUGAGGGACGCGACGUAUUAGGUGCUUCAAGUGUGUGUGAGAGAUAAGAUAAAGAAGGUGAAGAGGGCGAGACCUGCCAGCCAAUAUAUUUGUGGGAGGGGGAGACAGAGAUAAAAAAUAGCGAGCCCUGCAGUAAGCGGAAGUGGUCAAGGUAGACAUUUACCGUCACAGACUCGCUAGCUAACGAUGCUGCUGGUCGCCAGCCUCACACACACAUGCGCGCGCACAUACGCACGCGCGCGCGCACCGCCAGACAGUGGCGACUGGCGAGUAGAUGCGUGAGCAGCCAGCAGUUCCGCUCUCCUUCCCCUCAUUUACCCGUUCACACGUGUUUUUUUAUUUUUUUUAUUUUACGCUGUGAAGGGAUGUUGAAAAGAUAAUUGCUUGAGCUGUCAAAAUAAAUAUCGCUGAUGGGAGGGCGGGAGCGCAUCCUGUCAGUCUGUCGCUGUGAUUAUCUACUCCAAAAACAUGGCACAGCAUUUCAGGAUAGCAUUGUUCUUAUAUCUUUCGUUUAUAGCCAAAUGUUUUCUACCUGAUCCACACAAGUUCCUUCGCCACGUUUUGAACGAAAAUAACAACCAGCCGGCUAGCAUAGCCGAACUCGCGUGACGCAAAUUCACUUUAUAAUUUUAGGGGGGGGGGGGGGGGGGGUGGUAAAAUUGGCCCGAAUUCUCUAUUGCGACCAUUCCGUUUAUAAGUCCGUUUUUCCGGAAACCGUGAGGGGUCGCAUCAGCGGGAUUCUACUGUAUUGUUUUAAAGGUGUUUCUACAUACUUAUAUAUCUUAUGUAUUUUAAAUAAAAUCUAAUUUUUUGGUUUGUUCCAAUGUAACCUGACAUAACCUCAAAAAUGAACAUGUUUACAAAAUUUGCUCAUAGUAAAUUUUAGCGACUUCUUGCGAAAUGUAACUAUACUUAUCCUUGUGGAGGGUGAAUUAAAGAAUAAUAUAACAUUAUAAUUACUUUUUUUUGCAACAUAUGGAGAUGGAAAGUUCUGCAGUGUAUUGUUGGCCAGAAAAAAAAAUCUCUUUCAACAGCUGACAUAACAGCUGACAGUUUGACAGAUAUCGAAGUCAUAGAUAUACCAACAUGGUUGCAAAAUAUGCUCUCAAAAAGGUUUCGGAUUUACUCAAUUGGUGCAAAUAGUUUAGUUUAUUGUUAGCCCACCAAUAUACUAUAAAUAUUUUUGAGUAUAGUACAAUGUUACCCCUGUAGGUGCAAAGUAUACCCACAUUACAGUAUGUCAAUUUUUAAGUCUCGACUUUGAAAAAUCUUAAAAAAAAAGUUUCCUGUACCAGCUGCAGUUAACAUUAUGACAAAAACUAUUUGUUUUACCACCGCUAAUGCAAAUUAUAUAUAUUUAUUUUUAAAAUGUUGGUUUUAGAUACAAUCUUUCUAUUUCUAAUAUUGAAUUUGAUUGUGUCUAUAUAAUAAAUAUGUAUGUGCAUCAUUUUGAAGAAAUAUAUUUUGUAUAAACAU